UAGUCAAUAUCAUCAACUGACCAACAAUACGAAGCAAGAUUAUUAGAAAACUAACGAUGCAAAUAUAACUGUGUAGAGCCAAGAUUCUACAACUAUUCUUGUCGUUGCCACAUUCAUAUAAGUUAUUCUACAGAUCUGUUUCAAGACGUAAAAAGAGAUGGAAAGUACAAAUAUGGACGUCAUGCUGGAUCCAAGACGUAAUCAGGCAGCUGACAGGAAAAAACUGUACGAAGAAAUGCUUUUAAAAGAAUUGCCAGGCACCAACAGAACAAACGAACCAAUGCAUGCUGUACUUGAAGGAGAACUUGGUGAAAGUGAGAAGGUGGAGGGAAGAGAAGCUCAGAAUGUCAGAAAUCAUGCUUUAAUACACUAUCUUGCAACAUUAGCAAACUCAAACAGCACCAAAGAUAAAUUUGAUUUUGAUUUCGUUGAGUCUCUUCUUCAAAACGGCGCAGAUAUCAACAGUACAGACAAAACUGGACAAACAAUCUUUCAUGAAAUUGCUAGGUCAUGGAACGUGGAUGUCGCCAAAUUCCUCAUAACAAAAGGUGCCAAUGUGAACCAACAAGAUCAGUAUGGUAGGUCACCACUUCAUGUUGCUGCCGCAGUCGAUUACGCCGAAAUGGUUGAAUUUCUUCUACAAAAUGGAGCCGAUAUUGACAUCAAAACAUCUGGUGAAGAACAGACUGCAAUACAUUUUGCUGCUAAAAAUGAUGCAGUAAACUCACUUCAGAUGUUGUUAGGAUAUGGUGCAGACAUAGACGCGCGAGACAGCAAAAAUAGAACACCAAUACAGGUGGCAGCAGAAAUGAAUCGCUCCAAAGCAGCAAAGCUUCUAAUUAGUGAAGGUGCACCAGCUGGGGUUUAUGAUAACCUGGGUAAUUCUGCUCUAUGCCUUCUUAUCGAGAAAAUCCCCGAGGUAGCUCUCAAAGCAAUGGAUCAGUUUCAUUCAGUGGACACAAUCAAUCGUAAGGAAUUAUAUUUUCUCAACUAUCUGGAAGGCACAAAGUUAAAAGAGAAGAAGACGCCUGCUAGAACUCCCCUCGAGAUUGCUGUUCAGAAUGAGAGAUUUGACAUCAUCAUGCAUCCCGUCAUGCAACGUCUCAUUGCUGUAAAGUGGAAGAUGUAUGGCAAAUGGGGCGCAGUCAUGGACCUGGUGUUGAAUCUCGUGUAUACGAUAUUGUGGACAGUGCUUGCAGUGACCUUGCCAUUAUACGGUAGAGAUCUGUAUUUACCGAUAGAAAGAAAAUCCUGGAGACUAGUAAUUGGCAUUUUGCUAGUUGUUUUCACAGUAUGGGAAAUUAGAAAGCAAAUAAUAGAUACAAUCAAAACCAGGCGAAGUUUAAAGAAAUGGAAGGAAUGGCGAGCUGCUGAAUUAGAAAGGGAUAUCGCAUAUUGUCAUCCAAGAUGGCCUCAAGAAACACAAUACCUACAAUCCGAGAUUAAAGCCGUCCGACACUUGUCACACAUCUCGGGUGCGGAUUGGUGGAUAUAUUUUGACUGGGUCGCACUCGUGUUUAUUCUGGCCACAAUUGCAUCCCAUGUGACUUUCUUCCACUACAGUACCAAUCUAUCCAAAGACGUCCAUCAUUAUAUUAUAAUGGUAUUACUGUUAAUACUCUGGCUCAGAAUCUUGAAAUAUGCCAGGCCUUUUGAGAGUGCUGGUCCUUUUGUAGUCAUCUUUGGUCAUGUUUUAGGUGACAUCGUGAAGUGGGCCUUUUUAAACUCCAUCAUCGUCAUUCCAUUUACUUGCGCCUUCUGGAUCACAUUUGGGGCAAUUUCACUGACACCUGUCCAGGGUUACGACAACGUUGGCCCCUUGUUAUACAACAUCUUCUCAAUGAUGGUUGUUAAUGAUCAUAAUUAUGAAGUGCUGGAAGCGGCAAAUCCAGUUAUGGCGAGGCUGCUCUGUGGUGCUUUCAUCGGUAUUGCUGCGAUAGUCACCCUAAAUCUGCUCAUUGCUUUACUUUCGAACACAUUUGAGAGGUUGUACGAGAACGCAGUCGCCAACGCCGUGAUGCAAAGAGCAAGAACCAUACUCUUACUUCAAAAAUCAUUACGAAAAAAACAGAAAAAGAAAUAUUAUGGUUUUAUCAAGAAGAAAGGAAGCCCGGAAGUAAUUCGAAAUGGUCUAGGCCGAUUAUUAUCCACUGAUGGGGAUGAUAAUGCGAGUCUUGAACAAAUUCAUGAAGAUGUAGGAUUUGUAAUGAAGAUCCUCGGGGAAAGAUUUGGUAAAAAAUAUGGCAAAGGGAAGAAAUCGGAUAUGGAUUUUGUAAAAAUGGAUUUGAGCAAAGUAAGGCGAUUUCAAGAGGAACUAGUAGUCGAUGUUCGAAACAUGAAACUUAUGAUAGAAGGAAUAACUGCAACUGUGGAAAUACUCAGCAGCAAGACUAGCGAAAACAAAGAUGAUGGUGAAAAUAGUAAAGAAAGUCAGGGAAACAACAGUACAGGAAGCAACAGCAACCAGAAUAACAACGUGUCGACCAGCAACGCUGCCACAGUAAAAAAAGUCCCCGUUCCUUUCAAAAUGGUCGUUCACAAAGAAGUUCAACGAUUAACGAAAAAAACAGAGGAGUCAGAGGAGAGCUCUGAUGACUCAAGCAGCGAAACCACCAGUAUUAGUAAUAGUUCGCAAGCUUACAGUGAGAAAAAUAACCGUAAAAGUAAAAGUAAAAGAAAACGCGACAAAAAGAGAGGUAGUCACAAGAAGAAAAGAGAAAUGGAAAGUGAUGAUGAUAAACAAGAUAAAAAAGCUCAAAGAUUACCGUACCCUGGUUCAGAAGUAACAAACUCUUUGCAACAUUUCACACUAAACAAUGAUCUUUAUGCCCCAAACGAAAGACUAUCAACUUCAGCUAGUUAUCCUGAUUUCCGGGCGGUGAACGAUCAGAUUCCUCUAAUCUCACAGGGGUACCACGUUACUUCCCCUUAUCUCAGCACCAACCGACGAGUUUUCAACCCGACUGUAGAUAUCCAUUCUCCUCCGCACAACAGUCUACAACUCGGACACGAAACAAGAUUUUCUGCACAGAAUCCACAAAGGGGAAACGGUUUCACAAAUUAUGGCUUCCAAUCAGAAGUACAAGUUCCUAACUCACAUCCAAUGACUGAAACCGACCUCCAGUAUUAUCCAAAUACAUCACCGACAUUACAUGUACCUAAUAUCACAUCAAUACCAAGAUCACAGAGCGACUCAAGAAUAUUUGAUUUGCAACAAUCUAUCCAACACAAUGACCAUCCAGAUAUGUAUCAACAACAUCUAUCCAACAUGACAAAUUUUCAGCCACAUAAUAUUUCACACAAACAAGAACUUCCACACCCAAGUUCUUCUAUGCAAGUCAAUUUGAUGAAUUCUCCAGGCUUAAGUGGAAUGAACCCUGAUUUUACUUUUGAAAAUCCUCAAAUAAACGUGUCCAGAAAUGCACAAUCCUACGUUACAACACCGCCGCAAGCCUUCUACGACGGUCCAGACAACGUAAGUUCUAUUUGACUGCUCGACAUGCAAUGCAUUUUUCUACACGGAAUCAGUCGUCAUAAGACAUAACUGAGCAGUAAAAAACAGUUCGUUACUGAAUUGUGGAAAGUAAUAGAAGUUUUCAUCCUUAUUAGGUUGAUAUUGAUUAUUACAAGGUAGGCUAUAUAUAAACAACUUUCAAACGUUCUAAUAUUGGCCUCCUAUGUAUUAAUUAAAUUAUUGUGUUUAAGAAUGUGAAUAAGAAAAGUCCAGGAAAUGUAAAAAAGAAAAGUCCAGGUUUUAGAAAUUUAGCCGUAGAAAAUAUGGGACAUGACAUAAAGUCCAUGAAAAUGCAUUAAUGUCUGAUUCUCUUGUAAACCACCAAUUUAUGUUCUUUAAUAUUGGAAUUGGAUUUGUAAUUUAUGUUUGCCCUUGUUUCAUAAAUAUCUAUAGUAAACUACUGUAUAAUUAUCAACACCUGAUCAAUCAAUCAAAUUUACACUCGUCAAAUCUAUAUAUAAAUGUACGACAUGUUUUUUCCUGCG